UUGGACCAACAGCGACUGUCCCGUCCACAAGCUGGCGGGAGGCAGAAAUGAACACAUGAGGUGAAGCGUUGGAGAUAAACAAGAAGAUAAAUACAGUGUGUCUCUGACAAUGAGUCACUUACGUUCAGCGCUGCACAAAAGCAAAAGAAGCGGACUUAAAAUGGUAGAAACUGCGAAACCACAGCGGAAGAGGACAAAGAGAGCAGUGAAAGAUGAGGAAACCAUGAGUGCUGCCUCCCCGUCCUCAUACCACACAUUUCCCGACCCUGCUGAUGUUGUGCAGCUGCGCUCUCAGCUCCUGAACUGGUACGACAAGGAGAAGAGAGAGCUGCCAUGGAGGACUCUGGCUUUGACAGAACUGGACCUCAACAUCAGGACAUAUGCAGUGUGGGUUUCAGAAAUCAUGCUGCAGCAGACUCAAGUCGUCACAGUAAAAGAGUACUAUAACAAAUGGAUGAAGCGGUGGCCGACCGUGCAGGAUCUUUCCACUGCUACACUAGAGGAGGUGAACCAGAUGUGGGCAGGCCUUGGAUACUAUUCAAGAGGGAAACGACUCCAUGAAGGAGCUCAGAAGGUGGUGACAGAGCUAAAAGGACAGAUGCCUCGGACAGUUGACGGUCUGCUCAAAGAGCUUCCUGGAGUGGGACGCUACACUGCUGCUGCUAUUGGUUCAAUUGCACUUGGACAGGUUACUGGAGUCGUGGAUGGCAACGUGAUUCGGGUGCUUUGUCGCCUGAGGGCCAUUGGAGCUGACAGCACCAGUCCUGCAGUAACAGAGGCGCUUUGGACUCUAGCUAAUACACUGGUGGACCCUGAGAGACCAGGAGACUUUAAUCAGGCCAUGAUGGAGCUAGGAGCUUGAGUAUGCUCGCCUAAAGCACCAGUGUGCAGCCAGUGCCCUGUACAGUCUCACUGUCACUCUUACAGCAAGGUUGUAGUCAAACAAGAUCAAAACUCCAAGAAGCUUUUUGGAAAGCAGGAGAGGAAGACUUUAGCCGUGCCUGACAUAGAAGACUGCCUGAGCAGGGGGACAUGUCCACUGUGUCCCUCCCAGCCUUGGGACGAUGACUUGGGUGUUCAGAACUUCCCCAGAAAGCCGGCAAAGAAGCCGCCCCGAGUGGAGCGAACGCUGACCUGUGUGGUGAUCAGACGUAGAGAGGAGGGAGAGGAUGAGUACCUGCUCACACAGAGACCUGACAAAGGUUUGUUGGCAGGUUUGUGGCAGUUUCCAAGUCUUGUGCUGGAGGAGGAAAACUCUGAGAUAAAACAGAAGAGGGCACUGUGCACUGUGAUCAACGGGAUACUUGAAACUCAUGUGACUGAGAGCCUCCUCCAGUACAUCGGAGAAGUGGUUCACAUCUUCUCCCACAUCCACCAGACGUACGUGGUUCAUAUUGUGCAUUUGAAGGAUGGCACGACACAGACGCAGACUAAAAACGCACAGUGGCUCACUAGAUCCGCUCUGCAGGAAGCGGCCGUGUCCACAGGAGUGAAAAAGAUUGUAAAGCUUUACGAUUCUCUGGACAAUCACAAAGAAAAAACCUCUAAGAAAGCAAAGAAGCAAAACAUAAGUGAUGUUAAAACUGCCAAGAAACCACAAACCUCAAAAAGAGGUGCAGCGAACAGCCGAGGCAGACAGCUCUCCCUCAGCUCCUUCUUCCAGACCGUGAAAGAAGAAUCUUGAUGUACUGUAUGAGAUGUGAAUGUCCAACAUGGUGUCUUUGUGUUGAUGAUUCACUGAGAUUCAAAUACAUUAUACAAAUCAUCAAAUCAUUUUAAACAGAUCAGAGUUAUAGGAUAACUAGAUAUUCCUUUGGGGACCUGACAUGGGACAUAAGAUUUGUUGUGCAUCAACAGAUGAUGUUGAUUUUUAAUAACCUCACUGCAGAAAAUAUUUUUAUUACUGUA